ACAGUCCUUCGGUCGACAAAUUCUGGAUUGCAGUCGAGCGAGAGACCAGGCAAUGCGGCAGAGGGGCAGCAGCAAUAACAAACGCUCGCGCAGCUUUUCCCGCACUCGUAUCGCCAUUGAGGGAUCUUGAAGCGCAGCGUUUCCGCCUUAAGAAGGGAAAUCCUACCACUUAAAUGCAAGCUGCUUGAGUUCCAGGUCCAGGGAGGCUCAGCUCACAGCUAUCAAAGCCUUACCAGAACUCAGCAGCACCGCGUACCGUGCCGCUCGCAAUAUCCAGAGGUGUACGCGAUCCACUAUAGUUCGAGUUCAAAGUGCAGUAACCAUGACAAUUACCGAUGAGAGGUCUCUGCAAAACAACUAUUGGAAGGAGCAUACAGUGGAGUUGAGCAUUGAAGCCAUGAUGCUCGACAGUCAGGCCCAGAAGCUUGAUAAGGAGGAAAGGCCCGAGAUCCUUGCAUCGAUCCCUGAUAUCCAUGGAAAGUCGGUGAUUGAGCUGGGCGCGGGCAUCGGACGAUUUACCGGGGAGCUGGCCAAGAUCGCAGGCGAUGUGCUAGCAUGUGACUUCAUGGAGAAUGCAGUUGAGAAGAACAAGGAGGUGAAUGGCAAGUAUGAAAACGUGCGAUUUUUGUGUGCCGACGUCACCUCCCCAGACUUGGACAUACCAGCGGAGUCUGCUGAUCUUGUCUUCUCCAACUGGCUCCUCAUGUACCUGUCUGACGACGAGGUCAAAGGCCUGGCAGCCAGAGUGCUGAACUGGAUCAAACCUGGAGGUCACAUCUUCUUUCGAGAAUCUUGCUUUCAUCAGUCGGGAGACCACAAACGCCUAAACAACCCAACACAUUAUCGUUCUCCCAGUUUCUACCACAAGGUUUUCGAGGAGUGCGUUGUUGAAAAAGAAAAUGGAACAUUUGCCGAGUUUAAUUUGGUGAAUUCCAAGUGCGUUGGGGCAUACGUACGCAACAAGAAGAACCAGAAUCAGGUUUGCUGGUUAUGGCAAAAGGUUGCAUCUGCCGGUCCUGUGGACCGAGGGUUCCAGCAAUUUUUAGAUACUGUACAGUACACAAACACUGGAAUUCUGCGUUAUGAACGCAUCUUUGGCGAAGGUUUCGUCAGUACUGGUGGAAUAAAAACCACUGAAGAGUUCGUGGAAAUGCUAAACUUGAAGCCAGGCAAUGUUGUUUUGGACGUGGGCUGUGGUAUCGGAGGUGGAGACUUUUACAUGGCAGAGAAAUAUGAUGUAGAGGUUAUAGGAAUUGAUCUGUCCGUCAAUAUGAUCUCCAUCGCCUUGGAGCGGGCAAUUGGAUUGAAUUGUGCAUGUCAGUUCGAAGUUGCUGAUUGCACCACAAAGGAGUAUCCGGAUGAGACAUUUGACGUGGUCUACAGUAGAGAUACUAUUCUGCAUAUCCAGGACAAACCUGCUCUUUUCAAGAGGUUUUUCAAGUUUCUUAAACCUGGUGGUCGAGUCCUCAUCAGCGACUACUGUAGGGCAGAGGGAGAACCUUCUGAAGGCUUCGCUGCCUAUAUCAAGCAGCGAGGUUAUGAUCUUCAUGACGUGCCAGCUUACGGAAAGAUGUUGGAAGAUGCCGGAUUUGUAGAUGUCCUGGCUGAGGACCGCACUAAUCAGUUUGUGGAGAUAUUGAACAAGGAGCUUGAAGUUACCAGAGAAGCAAAGGAGAAGUUUAUUUCGGACUUUUCAGAGAACGAUUACAACUACAUCGUCGAGGGAUGGGAAGCUAAGCUGACACGAUGUGCUCAGGGUGAGCAGAAGUGGGGCCUAUUCCUGGCUUACAAGCCUGGUUCCGCUUGAAAUUAGUAGAAAGAGGAAAAUCAAAUUUGUUCUAUUCUCUAUACUUUCGAGUAGAUAUUUCAAACAUCCAGCCGGACUGAGAUUCCGUAUCUGCUGGUGUUUUCAUUCAGCCUGUACAAAUCACCCAUGAUUAUAGCACGAGUGUACGUACAGAACUUUCCUAUCGACGCUAUUUCCCUAAAAGUAAUGAAUUAUCUAGGAUGAUUCAUUAAAACAAAACAUUGUAUUUUUUGACCAUAAUUCUAGAAAACGAGAUGUCAAAGUUUGUACCUUUUCUUCUUUCUUCAUGUACACUCAACAUUACUACAUACAAAACUGCGAAAUUUU